UUUUGCCACUUGCGUUGAAUUUCGAGCAAGAACCGGUUUUCAAAAGAAAUGGACCUCAAACAGUCGGAGAGUUAUUUUCGUGGCUACAUUUUUCUCCCGUGCUGCAGCGAAGAUCAUUCGUAUUUUCGUGGCUAUCAACCCAGUUGUUACCCCACACAAGUUCCAAAAUGUGACGACGCCAUUUUACAAACAAGAAGUGAUCAUCAGUUGCAACCUACUCAUAUGUCCCAGUUUACCUCGCACAGCGGUGAAUACGGCCUGUUAUUGUCUGCCACUCAGAGAAAUACACAUCCACGGCCAAAUGAAAUUUGCCGACAUAAGCUCAGCGUGGAAAAUUUGCCUGAGAAGCCAUUAUCGAGAGAUUUUCGCGAACGCCUAGGUUUGAAAACGGAGGCUGGCUGCAAAAGGAAGCGAAACCGCACAAUCUUCACCACAGACCAGUUAGAGCGGCUUGAAAAUGAGUUCGACCGUCAACAGUACGUGGUUGGUACUCAAAGAUUUUACCUCGCUGCUGACCUGGGGCUGAACGAAACACAAGUUAAAGUCUGGUUCCAGAAUCGCAGAAUUAAGUGGAGGAAAGAGAAUCUGUGUCAUUUGGGAGGCUCAAAAAGAAACACUGAGAAUUGAUAGUAGUGAAGCAGAAAACUUAAAUUUGUAGAUAGAAUCAACUGAUCUAUGUAAUUAGAUAGUUGUGUCGUUUUUAAGAAAAAUGUAGAAAGCAAAUUAAUAUCGUACAAUGUUUUAUAAUAGUACGAAAUUAUCUUCAAGUUAAUCAAAGAUGUUAUACGAUGAUCUGUACUUGUUUCCAGCAGCUUUCAACAAUUUUUUUCUACAGCUUUCUGCACUUGUUUCCAGAAGCUUUCAACAAUUCAAGUGAAUCAUGUUUUGAUAAAAUUUCAACUCAGUCCACACACUUCCUCUUCAAAAAUGUCGCGCCUGACUAAAAAUUUGACCACUGUAAGACACCAAAAAACUGAUUUAUCCCGCCUUGCAAAAGCCAGUAAGUGGUGAAGUAGAAUAAAAUGAAAUGAAAGAGAAAUAUCGAUUAGUGGAUAGCGUUUGAUUUGGGAUCAAAUCCCGUAGCUU